CGUUAGUUUCAAAUCGUGUUAUUUUGCGGGAAAUGAACAGUAAAUGUCGAUUUUUAAUGGAAAAGAUUAAGUUUUAUUCUUUAAAGAGACAUUUUUUAAAUGAUUUUAUUAUAAUACGAUAAUGAAGUAUUUACGACAGUAAAAUUAAAUUUUAAUUUUUUAAAUUUCUAUGUGUAUGUAUUGAUUGGAAUGUUUAUAAGAUAUGGAAGAAGUAGCUAAUCAGAAGAAGAAAAAGAAGAAGGAAAAGAAGAGAAAGCACGAAAAAAAUAAAGAUAUAUUACAAGAAGGACUUAAGGAAACCAAAGAAAAUUCAGUUUAUGAAGAGCAAGUGUACAUUGAAUCAGUUAAAGAUCAUGAUAUAAAUAAUCAAAAAAUUACUAAUUCUACUGAAAUUAUAAAGGAUAAUGAGAUAAGGGGAAAUUCUUCUGCAGAAGUUAGCCCAAAAAAAUCAAAGAAAAGAAAACAUGUAGAACACUGGGUUGAAGAUGAUGUAAAUAAUCAGUUACACGAUUCAACUUCGAGAAUAACUCCAUCAAAAUCAAAGAAAAGAAAUAAAGAUAAUUUAGUUGAAAAUGCCAAGGACAGUGAUGAAGAGAAAAAUCUUCCAGACACAAGUACAAAAUUAGAACAAGAUGUAGGUGUUAGUGUGAUUGAAAAUGUAAAGUACAACAGUGAAGUUAGUACCUUAGAAAUGACUUCAUCUACAAAAACUAGUCCGACAAAAUCAAAGAGAAAAAAGACGGAUAAAACUGUUGAAAGUGUGAAAGAUAUUGGCGAUAUAAACAGUAUAAUUGACAGUUCGAUUUUAAAUUUGAGUCCAGCAAAAUCAUGUAAGAAACAGGAAAUGGGUGAUUUAAGUGAUGGUGCGAAAGAUGUUAGCGAAGUAAACAAUACAGUCAAAGGUUCGGCAAUAGAAGGAAAUUUGACAAAAUCAAAAAAGAAAAAGAAGCAUAAAAAUAAAGAUGUAUUGACUACUAGUGAUUUGGCUGGAAGAAAAGGUGAAAUUAGUGAUUCUGUAUCAAAAACUAUGGAAAGUAAUAAAAACAUUGAAACAAAUUUGAAUGAAAUGAGAGAGCAAAAUUCAGAAAAUACAGUCAUAGAAAUAACUGGUGCUAAAAAAUCUAAAAAGAAGAAAAAAGACAAUGGAGAAAAUAAAAAUAAAAUACAAAAUUUUGAAAGUGAAAAUUUAAAAAAUGUAAAUAAUGAUGCUGUUGAAGGCAAUGAAAAGAAGAAAAAGAAAAAGCACAAGAACAAGGAAAAAUCUGAUGAUAUGUUGUUUGAAUUUGAUUGUUCUAAUUUAAAUAAAGAAAAUGUAAAAACUGAUUUACAACUGACUGCAAUUAAUAAAGAAGUUUGGCCAAAUUCUGAAAAUUUAGAUAUUAUAAGAGAAAGUGCUACAAAUGAAGCAAGUUUGGAAGCUGAUACUGCGGUAGCUACCAGUAGUUCCAAAAGUACAAAAAAGAAGAAGAAAGACAAGAAACACAAAAAGAAAAAUAAAUCACAAAAAGACGAUACGAGGCAUAAGGAAAAACAUAAGAAAAAUAAAAAGACUAGUAAAAAGAAAGGAAGUAAAUUAAAAACAGGUGAUGUCAAUGUAAAUACAAAGACUUCUGUGUCUUCCAAUGAAGGACAAGUUGAGAAAGUUGAUAUUGAACAUUUGAGUGAUGAAAUAUUUUCCAAUUAUGAUGAUGAUGAUAAUCAGGAUUACUUUUAUGAUUUUGAAGAAGAGGAGCUUGAUUUUGAACCACCAAUCCUUCAUGGUAAUGGAUAUCCAUCUACACUAACAAAACAGCAAAAAGAACGACUUAGUUCUAUGGGUAUAGAAUUAAGAAUGGGAUGUUGGUCAAAACGUGAAGAUGAUAUUUUAAAAAGGAAUUGGAUUAAUUUGAUUAAGAAAUAUGAAUUGAAGCAACCACACAUAUUACUUGGAUUGUCUCAAAAGAAGUCUCAUGUGGCUGUUCAAAAAUUCAUUAAAGCCAAGAAAUUUUACUAUCAGUUAGCCGAAGAUCUCAACAAUAGAACAAUUCACAGUUGUUAUUUGAGAGCAAGAAAAUUGUUUCAUCCUUACAGAGAUGAAAACAAGAAAGGAUGGGUUGGAACAUCAAGAGAUGAAGUGGAAGACUUACAGGCCCUAGUAUCUGUUUAUGGAGAUAAGUGGACAAAAAUUGGACACAUGGUUAAUCGAGAUGGAAAAAAUAUUAGCGAAAUAAUCCGAUGGCACAGGAAGAAUGCAGUUAAAGGACAUUGGUCAGCAGAGGAGGAAGAAAAUUUAAUCGAAGCCGUUAAAAAUGUUCUUCAAGUUAAUGAUGUUGCAGGUGUUUACUACGGAAUUCAAUGGGAAGAAGUUGCCAAAUUAGUUCCUUCUAGAAAUUCAAAUCAGUGCCGUCAGCAUUGGCUGUUGAAUACCUGUUGGAAAAUAAAUAACGAUAAACCAAGAGAGAGGUGGAAAGACACUGACACGGUUCGCUUAAUCUAUCAUCUUUAUAGACUAUCAACAGAUAACGAGAAAGACAUCGACUGGGAUGCGCUGGCCUCCGAAUUUGACAAUGUUGCAUCAUAUGCACAUUUGAAACAAAAAUGGUUACACUUUAAACAAAAAGUACCAGGUUAUCAAAAUAAGGAUUUUGAAGAUAUAAUUACAUACUUAUAUUGUUGUUAUUUACCUUCAUUGUUGGAAAAAGUUGGAAAGUCUUACAUCAAGGAAAUCAUAGAGACUGUCUAAAGUGCAGUUUGAUAAACCUCAUCUUUAUCAUUGUAUAUAUACCAAUCAAAACUGUAUUUUUAUAUAUGUAAAAUAUCUUUUUAGUUUAAUAAAUUUUUCAUUUCGAUUGUGCA